AUGCCCAUCUGCAUCGAGUGCCGACACCCCGUCAAGACGCUCUGGACGCAAUACUCUGGAGCAGGGGACAAGGCUAGCGGGCACAACAUCCGCCUCACUGUGUGUCGCAACUGCGGUCAGUUCUGCGACAAGUAUGUCGAGCAUGACUUUGUCGUGCUCUUUAUUGAUCUGGUGCUCAUAAAGCCCCAGGUUUAUCGUCACUUACUGUAUAAUACUUUGACGAGCGAUGAUGAUCGUUUGGAUCCUUCCAUAGUUCGUCUGGGAAUCCUUUUGCUUCUAUUCGACGUCUACUUGACCUGGGCUCGCAUCGAGAAGCAGACGGUGCCCGAUGCCGCGCCAGGCGAGAGCAACCUCGGAAAGCUCGCGCAACAGUCGAUUGUCUUUCAGUAUCUCUUCUUCCUGGUCUUCUGCGCCCUCUCCACGGCGGCGUUUCAUGUGAGCAUCCGCUUCCUCACCUCAUCCACAUUUUCACCUCUGAACGCCCUCGGCAUCUUCCCUCGGUACUCGCGGCCAAACUCGGUCUCGACCGCCCUGCUUGUCUCCUCCUACUCCAAGCUGUUCCCCAUUCUCAUGGUCAUCUGGGAAUACGAUGUCCCUGCCGCCGCCAGAUCACUCGGCUGGGCCGUCGUGGCCAACAACGUCGAGGCACUGCGCAUCCUCCUCGACUGUGGCUACACUACGGCAUGUCUUCUAGCCAUCGCAGGCGCGGCUUCGCGUUGGGUUGUUGGCCGUGUCGUCCUAUACGCUGCUGGACUCGCCGAUGUGGACUCGAUAGGCGGGAGCAACAUCGCCGAGGACGGGAGAGCAUUAUGGGCGCUGAUGAUAUACGCGAAGGAGUGGGCCAGUCGGCUUGCUGUCGGAUAG